AUGGGGGGCGGGCCGGCCAGCGCGGACGUCGUGCGCUCGUCCUGCUUCGUGACGUUCCCGGAGCAGACGCGCGCGGAGCCCGUGCCUGUGGACGCCUGGUACCUCUUCGCCGCGGGGCUCACGUUCCUGCGGCGCCUGGCGCGCGACCGCGUGGGCGACGAGAUGCGCAUUGCGCUGCUGCUUCAGGUCCCCGGCGACGAGGCUGGCGAGCGGCGCUACGUGUCGGUGAGCAGCAACACGGUGCUACAGCGCGCACUGCAGGAGACCUUCGACUGCCCGGACAAGGCGCUGAUGCUGCACGUGAUCGACGUGGAGAAGGUGCGCGGUCAGAAGCGCAUCCACGUGCGGCCCGAAGUGAACCCAAACGUGUCUCCGGAGCCCGUGGAGCCCAUGAGCCUCGUGUUCCCGACGCUGUCGGUGGACGGGCUGGUGGCGCCCACGGCCGUGGAGGUCCCGGCGGCGCAGGUGACGAGCGAGAGUUUGUACGAGCAGAUGAGUCGCUCCAUGUUCAACUACCGCAAGGAUGACAGCAUGCGGUGGGGCGGAGCAAGCUCCGGCAGUCUGGAGAAGCCGAAGAAGGCGCUGAGUCAGAGCGCGUUCUUCGUGGAGGAGAGGGACUACACGAGGAGGAGCACGAAGAAAGGGGAACAGCAGCAGCAACAGGAGCAGAAGGAAGAAGACGAGAGGAAGCAGAGAGCAGGCGUUCCCGUGGCGGUGGAAGCGGUCGGCGACUUGCUGCCCGCAGCCAAGCAGGUGGGUGAUGACAGCCAUGCAGAGCAGCAGCAGCAACAGGGGGACGAAGAGCAGGUGGACGAGAGCGACAUCCCCGUGGCGACAGUCGUGGAGGCCGACGCAGCACAGAUCCCAAGCGACUAUGUGAUGCUGGAGCUGCAGACAGGAGCAGGACUGCCGGCAGUCCCCGCAAACGCCAGCUCGACGUACUUCAUCUCUUCUCGGUGGGCGGAGCAGGCCGACGAGAUGAGCGCAUCCAUGCGGCUCGAGCGCCCACCGCUUCCGCGCGCGACCCCCGUUCGCGCCGUCGGCAGCGUCCGCGCCAACGCCAAUCUAGAGGACUCGUUUGUGAUCCUCGAGCGCCACGAGCUGUGAGUGGGGAGCGCUGGGACGUGUUGAGUGCCGGCACCACCCUCGAGACCGCGACGAUAGAAGCUCACCAUAUUUUGCCAUUUUGUAGACGAAACCUGAGAAUAAAAGUAUUUAUGCUUCUGAUUC